AUGGCAUCCGUCAGCAGGUCAUCGCUGCUGCCACAGUGCACGUCAUGCUUACGGCGGGUUGCGCAGCAAAACCUGGGCGGUUGGGGGUCGCAGCAAGCACGCAGCAUUUCGAAGAAGGCAAAGGAGGAGGAGCGGAACAUUGUUGUUAAGCUGCUGAAGGACGUGCCAAGAUAUGGACGCGCGGCCCGCGUCGCAAACUAUGUGACCGCCGUACAGCUCAAGCAAUUAAAAAAACAGGACCUCGAAUUCGCAAGAGACUUCUCAUACGGCGUGCGGGAAAAUCUGGAGGAGGCAGAAGAGGACGAGGAGGUGGUGGCACAUCAGCGCUAUGUGCGGCCAAUUGAGAUUGACGUCCUGAGUCCCGAGCGAUCCAUGGAACUCAUCAACACCUUUGUCCCACCCACCAUCGACUUCUUCCGCCAGCGCAUCGAGCAGGACAGGGAAACGAGACAGCGACCCGGCGCGUCAGGCGCAGCUGAUGUUCUGACUGCAGCCGCCAUGGCGAGCAAACCAAAGGCACACGCCGAUGCCAUCUACGGCUCAGUCUCGACUGCAGACGUCGUCCAAACCAUACGAGGAGCUCUGGCGCACAACGACGAAGCAGCUCGAGUGAUACUCAACGAGAACGAUAUAACCUUCGUCUCGGGCCACGAGGAGGGUGAUGCCUCGCGCGUGAAGCAGCUCGGCGUGUUCAAGAUGGAGAUACAAUUACCGGGCGCAGCGGAGCCCCUUGUGAGAAACAUUCGGGUCAGAGAGAAGGCAUCCGAGGCAUAACUCGGAGCCUGGAGGUUGCGGACAUAGUCACGAGCUCAUGUUAAGGAAUCUAGAACCUCGGAAAGAGCCCCUGUAUACAUAUCCGUGUAACAAAGCCAUAGAAUCACGAAUCCAGCAUAGCAUCUUCAUAAGCUUCGGGAGAAAGGCGCUACAGUC